AUGUUAUCUGUUCCAUUAACUGGUUUACAUUCACAUAAAUUAAAACGUCAAACAAAUGUUGAAGAUGAUAUUGAUGGUCAACAAAAUCAACCAUUAAAAUCUCUUUUAUCAGAUAAUGAAUCAAAUUCAUCACGUUCACUUUCACCUAAUUGUCAUUUUGUUAUGGAUCCAGAAUCAUUAUCAAGUUAUUUAGAUAUACCUGAUACAUCAGAUAAUAGUCGACGAUCAUCAAAUAAUAGUGUUGUACGUUUUAUUCAACAUGAUUUAUCUGAUUUAUGUUCAAUUCUUGAUAUGACUAAUGAAUCAGAAAAUCUUGAAAAAGCAAUAAUUAAUAAUGAUAAAUAUACAGUACGUCGUAUAAUUGAUCUACAUGAAAAUAAAUUUAAUUUAAUAAAAGAUCAUCCAAAUAUAGGAAAAUAUUCGACAGGUUUUCCUAUAAAUAGAUUCCGAUCAAGUCAACCAGUUAUUUAUGGAAAUCAAUCAUAUUGUUCAACAUCACUAACAAGUUAUACUGAUUUAUUAGAAGCAUAUAGUAAACAAGCAUUAGUUAGUUAUGAAACUGAUGAUCCACCAUCAAUAUCAUCAAAUGAACAUCAUCGUUCAAUAAUUGAUAUAGAAAAUAAAAUUUUAACAUCUAAUACAGAUACAUUAUCAUCAAAAUUUAUUAUUAAUAAUUUUCAAUCAAAUCCAUCUUCGAUUUAUAUUUGUUCAUCUAUAAAUGAACAAUUUGAAAAUGAUUUUCGUUCAAGAUUAUCAUCAACAACAACAUAUAAUAAACAAACUCGACAAACAACAAAUGAUUCACCUAAUGAUGCACCUCCCAUUUUUAAAAAUAUUUUACAUGUUGCUAUUAUAUACGCUAAUGAUCUUAAUGAUCAUCUAUACAAACGAUUUUGUGAAUUAAGUCGAUUGGCGAGUAAUAUCGAAUGUAUCGAUCAACUGAUGGAUUUAUUGCGUAUGCAAAAUUCAAUAGAUGAAAUAUUGACUUUAAUAAGUCAAGCAACAUCACCACAACUACAUGCUAAAGUAGCUGAACUUAUUCAUACAUUAGUUAAUACAUGUUAUCAAGAAUUUCUAGGUUCUAAUGAUAAACGUGAUAAUAUUGAAAAUUUUGAAAAUCAUACAAAAAAAUUAUUAGAUAUAUCAUUAAAAUUGUUAUCAAAUGAUAUGCCUUCAAUUCAAUAUAUAUCAUUAAUAACAAUAAAUCGUUUAUAUGAUAUAUAUGUAUAUCAUAAUUUAUUAAAUCGUGCUAAAUAUAAUGCAUGUUAUAUACCAUCAUCACGAAGAGAAUUAAAUAAUCAUUUAAUUAACAAUUUUAAUUCGAAUUUAUAUAAAGAUUCAACAAUUAAAUAUUCAAAUAAUCCUACAAGAAAAUCAUCAAAAUUAUCAAAUAUAUUACGUAAAAUUUCAGGUGAAAAUGAUAAAAAACGAGUAUCAACUAUUGUUAAACAAGGAAAUUGUUGUAGAGAAGAUAUAUCAGAAAGAAUUUCAGAUUGUUCAAUUAAUAAAGAUAUAUCAAAUGAUAAAUCAAAACGAUGGAUUCCAUUCAAUAAUAAUGAUUAUAUUGAUCAAUCAUCAUCAACAAUAAAAUCAUCAUCAACAAUAAAAUCAUCAUCAACAAUAAAAGAAUCAACAUAUGAUUUAAAUAAUAAUAAUUUAUUUAAAUCAAAUAUAAUUAAAUCGGAAAAUAUUGAAAAUAAUUCAAAUGAUAAAUCAGAUGAAAUAUAUCGAUAUGAACCAUUUUCAAAUAUAUAUCAAAUAGAACCAACAGUUUUAUUAGGUUUAAUCAGUAUACGUUUAGAUUGUCAUAGAAAAGAAUUUAAUAAUCGACCAAAAUGUCUACCAUCAACACGUUCACCUUUAUGUACACAUCAUUGUGUUACUAUAUUAGCAGCUAGAUUAUUAACUAUACUUUCUCAAGAUCAAAUUUUUCAAUCAAAAAUUAUUUCAACAAAACAAAAUUUUUCUUUUAUUAUUGAUAUAUUAAAUAUUAAUAAUGAUCCGCAUUUAAUUUGUUUAAUUUUACAAACAUUGGGUAUUAUUGCAUUAAAUCCUUCAUAUCAUCAAGUUUUAACUCAAGCAGAUAUUCCUGAUACUGUUUUACAUUUAAUAUUACCAGCUGAUGAAAUGUUUUAUACAAAUCAAACAACUAAAUUUGCUCGUUAUGUUAAACAUCUUGGAGCAAGAAUACUUGUUUAUAUGGGUUUAUUAACAAAAAUUAGUAAUAAAGUUAAUUUAUUUGAUAUACUUGAUAUUGAAGCCGACGGUAUUGAUAGUGAAAAACCUCAAUCAUUUGAAAAUAAUUUUGUUCAUCAUAUGGCUAUUGGUGAAACCAUUGUUGGAACAUUAUGGACAUCAUUUGAUGGAAUUUCUAUUGAAAAAUUACUUGAUCAAUUACUUAAAAAUGGAAUAAAUCAAAAAAAAGCAUUGUCAAAAGAAAGUGAAGAUCUAUUAGAAGAUCGAACAAGUCGAAGAUCAUCAUCAACAAUGAUUAAUUCAAAUGAUAAUCUUCUUUAUAAUCUUUCAUAUUUAUCAUCUGUGAUACAUCCUGUUAUUAUUAUUCGUUUACUUCAACAUAGAAUAUUUACACCAUUAUUUAAAAAAAAAUCUUCAAAUAUUAAUUCAACAAUUGAAUCAAAUAAAAAUAUUUCAACAUUAAAUAAAUCUGAUAAAAUAUAUAAAACUAGAUCAACACCAACACCAACACGAACAACAUCAAUAUCAAAUAAAAUUAUUAAAAAUCCUCAAUUAACUAUAAAUAAUGAUUUAUCAUCAAUAAUAACAAAUAAUUCUAAUCAAUCAACAACACGUAAAUGGUUUUGGAAAAAUAGUGAAAAAUCCAAUCAAUUAAAUGAUCGUAAUUUAUUAUUAAAAAAUUUUAUUGAAAAUGAUUUAAUAUCAUCAUCAUCAGGAUCUUUAUCUAAAUCAGGAAAAAGAAUUCAUCCUAUUGGAGAUAUUAUUUCAUUUGAAAAAGAAUUAUUAAAUUUACCAUCAUUUCAAUUAAGUGAUUCACAAAAUCCACUUUUACCAAGUCCAACUUGUUUAAGUUAUGAUUUUCCAACACAAUUUUAUCAAAUUAAUUCAAAUGGAAAUAUUCUUAUUAAUCAAAUUAAUUCAACAUCAAAUAGAAAUAUUGAUUCAACAUCAAAUAGAAAUAUUGAUUCAACAUUUUUUUUAGAUCAAUCAAAACAAACUGAUCAUCAUUUAAAAUCACCAAUGAUCGAAAAUGUUGGUAGAAAUAAUUUAUCAUCAUUUAAUAUUCCAUAUGUUUCUGUUCGUACUCCAUCUAAUGAUAGUAAUGAUUUAUUAACAAAUCGAAAAUCUAUAUCGAAAUCGAUAUCAUCAUCAAAUAAUAAUUAUAAUAAAGAUAAAUAUUUUCCUAAAAGAAUGAAAAAUUUGUUUCGUUCAUCAAAAACAAUUGAUAAUAUAUCAAAUAAAUUUGUUAAUCAAAAUAAUAUAUCAAAAUCAAAAUCAAAAUCAAAAGAAUAUUUAUUUUAUUUAUCACAUUCUCAACCAAUUGUUAAUCAAUAUAUUGAUAAUAAUGAACAAAUACCAUUAAUUCAAGAUGAAUGCAAUAGAAAUAAAUCCAAUAUAUUAUUUGAAAAUAAAAAAAUUGAUUUAAAUAAAAAAGGAAUUAAUUUAUCGGUUAAUAUUGAUUGUUUAUAUCGUAGUCAUUCAUGUAAUGAUGGAAUAAUUAAAAAUUUUGAAACAAAUUCAAAUAAACGAAGAUCAUUACCUUCAUCAAAUAGUAGAAUAUUAUCAGAUAGAAUUAAUUUAUAUUCAGAAAAUAAAUAUUCAAAUGAUAAUAAUAAAUCUCAAGAAUCAAUAUGUAGUUAUGCAUCACAAAUUGAAAAAGAACAUUCAAUUAAAUCAUUUAUUAUAGAAGAAUCAUCAAAAAAUCCAUAUAGAAAACAAGAUAAUGAUGUUCUUAUUCUUAUAGCUAGUUGGAUUUUAAGAUCACCUGAAGAUUUUCAAGAUUAUCUUGUACAAAAAGAAUUAAAAAGUUUUUUUAGUUUACUUGAAUCAUUACGUAGUUCAUUUCGUAGUUGGACAAGUCAAAUAAAAGAAAUACUUGCUAUUCAAGAAACAGAUAUACCAUUAGGUAAACAAAUAGAUGAUGUAACUAGUGAUGAUAUUAAUAGAGAAUAUAUUAAAAUCCAAAGAGAUAUUGUUUCGGGACGAUUAAUUUGUUCAAAAGAAGAAGCAUCAACAUUAGCUGCUCUACAAUUACGUCUUCAAUCAUGGCCAGAAGAAAAUCUUGAUCUUAUUCAAGAAGAUGAUUUUGAUACAUUAAAUAUAAGAUUAAAUGAUAAAAGAUCAUCAACUGUUAAUUCAAUUGGUUUAUAUUCUCAAUCAUCAUCAUAUUCUGAUAGAAAUAUAUUUCGUUUAAUUAAUAUUCGUUUAUCUAAUAUAUAUUGUUGUAAACGUAUUGACUCAAAUAGUCAUAAAUCAAAAAAAGAAUAUCUUCCACAAAAUUUUCGUCAUAGUAAUCAAAUUUAUAAAUUAAUUAAAGAUAAACAACGUAAAUUAUUUCAUAUAAAUGAUUAUGAUAAUCCAACACGUUUAAAAGAAUGUUAUAUUCGUUUAUGUCGAAAUUUACCUGGUUAUAAUGCUGAAAUUUAUCUUGUUAAAGAAAUUUAUGAAAAAAGAUCAAAACGAAAAGGGAAUAAACUUCUUUGUAUUCGUUGGGAUAAAAUAUAUUUAUUAGAUAUGAAAACACGUAUUAUAUGUAAAGAACAACGUAUAUCUGAUGUUGAACAUUGGAUAACAAGUGGAAAUGAUUUUAAUUCUGGAAUAAAUCAAUUUAUUUUAGAAUUUCGUAAUAAAACAAAAUGGAUUUUACAAAUAAAUCGAACAGCUGAUUUACGUGCAAUAACUGUUUAUUUAUGGAAAUUAGUUAAUGUUGAACGUUUUGCUUUACUUGAUAAACAUAUUCCAUUAACUUCAUCAUUACGUCAAUAUUCUUUAAGUCAACAACAACAACAAAUAAAUUCUUCAAUAAAAAUCUCAUCAACAAAUAAUUUAAAUAAUAUAAAUAAUAAAUCAUCAACUAAUUAUUUAAAUGAACAUUUUAUAAAAAAAGAUAAUAUAGAAAAUAAUCGUCGAAAAACAUUAACAGGAUCAAUAAUAAAUUCAUCAUAUAUGAAUAAAUGUGAUAAUAGUCAACCAUAUUGUUUUUCAUCAGAUCUUGAAGAAUUAAAAAAUUUAUUUGAUUUUCCUGAAGAAGUAGCUAUACGUUUAACUGAUAUUGAACAUGAAAUAUUUCUUAGUGUACCACCAUUACAAUAUUUAAGACAUUUAACACUUGAUAUUCAAUAUUUAUCUACAAAUGACAAUUCUACACAAGGAAAAAAUAUUCCUAUUCUUGUACAACGUUUUCAAGCUGUUGGAUCAUUUAUUCAACAAUUAAUUGUUUCUCAAACUAGUUUUCAACAACGUAAAGCUCUUCUUGCAUCAAUACUUCGAUGUGCAAUAACUUGUUGGUAUAUCGGAAAUUUUAAUAGUGCUAUGCAAAUUUUAGCUGGAUUAAAAAUCGAAGCAUUUCGUCCAUUAUGGUUAACAAUAACUGAUGAAAUGUCAGGUUUUAAAUUAGUUAUGGAUGCAUUUAAUUCAAAUGAAAAAACUCCUCAAUAUUGUGAUGCUGUUAGUCGUGCAUUGGAUAUUCCAACAUGUAAAGUAGUACCUUUUUUUGGUACUUUUCUUAAAGAUCUUCGAACAAUAUUAACCAGUGUACCAAGUAUAACUGUUUUAUCUAAUAAAAAUACACAAAAACCAACUGAAAAUGUUGUAGAUAUUCAAAAUCCAGAUCAUUAUCAAACACGUAUUGGUGUUGGUGGUUUAAUAAAUACACGAAAAAUGGAAGUUGUUAAUAUGGUAUUAAAAGAUAUAGCAUUAUUUCAUAAUCGUCAUCGUCAUCAACCAUUAUUUAAAUGUUGUUAUGAUAUUGAUUAUAAUAAAUAUCCAUUAGAAUCUUUACUAACAGAUAUAAAAGAAAAACAUUCAUCUACAGUUAAUGUUCCACCUGAUGAUAAUUCAAUAGAUAAAUGUAAAGUUCUGUAUAAUCGUAAUAAAUCAUAUCGAUGUCAAUCAAUAACAACAAAUGAAUUCGAUGAAAAUGGUAUGAAAAAUGUUUCAAUAAAAUUAAUUGAUGAUAAUGAUAAAUCUUCAAUAAGUAAAACAAAUAUUGAACGAUAUCGUUCAAUACUUGAUAUUGAUGAAGCAGAAACAUAUUAUUGUUUAAAUGUAUCUUUUUAUCAACCAAUUGCAGAAAUAAAACAUAAUCAUCAAGUUUCUUUAUUAUCAAUGCAUCAUAUUAUUGAUUUUAAUUAUUUACAAAUGCUUAGAAAUGGUACAACAUUAAUUCUUUAUGAUGAAGAUACAAUGCAUACAUGUUUAGUUACUCUACGACUUGAACUUGAUAAUUCGACAUUGACUUGGACAAAACCUUGUUGGGAUAAUAAUAGAACAGUUGAAAAUGUUAAUAUAACAAAUAAAUUGUCAAGUGAAUCAUCAUAUAAAUCAAUAUUACAGAAACGUUAUGUAUUUCGAGAUAUUGCUUUUGUUGAUAUGGAUGAAGGUUUUAUUCAAUUAAAAUAUAUAAAACAUAUUCGAUCUGGUAUUAUUCAUUGUGAUCUUCUUCCUAUUAUAAAACGUUAUAAAUUAGAUCAUAUAACUAAUUCAGAAAAUUCUUUUACUAUUAUUUAUGGUCAAUCAAUUAAUGAAAACAAAACUCUUUGUUUUAUAAGUCCAAAAUUGAGUUCACAAAUUUGGUAUUCAUCUAUAGAUAAAUUAAUAAAAGAAUAUGGUAAACAUCGUUUAUGUACUGAUAGACGUAUUGUUUGGCUUAAAAAUCAAUAUAUUUCAUAUUAUCAUGAAAAUGAACGUUUUCAAGGUCCAACAGCAAUAAAUGCUGUUCUUUUAUUUGGUGGAAGACAAUGGAAUUCAAAUUCAUUUUUUUCUUAUCAACGUGAUCAUUUAUCAUCAAAAAAAUCUUAUCAAUUUAAUAAAUCAUCCUCUUAUACACCUUUGAUAAAACGAUAUCAAGUUCAACAGGAUCGUAAAGGAAGUAUUUGUUUUGAAUGUGAAUCAAAAGAUGGAUUAAAAUGUGAAGAACAUAAAUCAAGAUUAUUAUCACGUAAUAAAUGUAAAAAUGUUGAAUAUAAAACAAAAUCAUCACUUGUUUUUCAAACUGUUAAAUCUUGUCGAUUAUUAAAAGAACAUAAAAUAUCAAAUAAACAAAAAUCAAUAUUAACAACAAAUCAUUCAAUAUAUCAUAGACGAAGAUCAAAAAAUAGUUUAAAUAAGAAAAAUGUUAAUAAUAGAAUAAAUAAAGAAUGUUUAUCAUCACCAUCAAUUAUAAAUGAAAGUUUUAUGAAUUUUAUUGAAUUUGUUCAAUUAUUUAAAUCAUUUUAUUUUCAUUGUCGACGUGAUUUAAAAGAUUUAUUUGAUAAAUUUGCAUCAGAAAUAAAUAUUGAACAAGAUAAUAAAAUAAAAGAAGAAUAUAAUUAUGAUUUAUUAGAUAUUCAAAGACAUUUAACAGGUUUAAUAACACGAAAUAUUGUUGAAAAUUGUAAUGAUUCAAAUAUAAAUAGAAUUUAUGAUAUGAUUGCUAUAUCAUCAAUACCUUGUUAUGCAAUUAGUACACAUACACCUAGAAAUUAUCUUAUUACAAUUCAACAAUUUAGACUAUUUUUACUUGAACAUCAAAAAGAAGAGAAAAAUUUCGAUGAAAUUCAACAAAUUAUUUAUCGUCAUGAACCUAAUCGAGAAAAUCGUUUGAAUAAAGUUCUUUCAUUUGAAGGUUUUUCACGUUAUCUAUUAGAUAAAGAUAAUUAUGCAUUUAUUAAUGAAUAUACAAAAGUUAAUGAACAAGAAAUGAAUAAUCCAUUAUCAUAUUAUUAUAUAGCUUCAUCUCAUAAUACAUAUCUAACAGGACAUCAAUUACGUGGUGAAUCAUCAGUUGAAAUGUAUCGUGAAGUAUUAUUAUCUGGUUGUCGUUGUAUUGAACUUGAUUGUUGGGAUGGUGAUGAUGGUUAUCCAGUUAUUUAUCAUGGACGAACAUUUGUUAGUAAAAUAUCAUUUAAAUUAGUUGUUGAAGUUAUAAAUGAAAGUGCUUUUCUAACAUCUCCAUAUCCAGUUAUUUUAUCAAUUGAAAAUCGUUGUUCAUUAAUUCAACAAUCACGUAUGGCACAAAUAUUUGUUAAAGUAUUUGGAGAUAAAUUAAUUAAAAAAUAUUUAUUUGAAACUGAUUUUAAUGAAGAUUCAUUAUUACCAUCACCUAAUCAAUUAAAAUAUAAAAUAUUAAUUAAAAAUAAAAAAAUAAAUAAAAUUCAUUCAACAACACAUUUAGGAAAACAAAAAUUACAAUUAACUGUUAAUUAUAGAAAUUCAAUUUAUUCAUCACCUGAUGAUAAUGAUGAUGAUGAUGAUUCGGAUGACGAUUUUAUUAUUGAUGAUUUUAAUUAUCAACAAUAUCAAAGACAACAAUCACAUAGAUCAAAUUCAGUUACUGAUUCACCUAUUUAUCAAUUUAAAAAAAAUUUUAUUAAUCAAACAAAUUAUCAACAUACUCAUCACGAUUUAUUAUAUCAACAACGGCGUUAUACGAUUACAAAUAAUCAACCACGACAACGUUUAAAAAGUAGUAGUUCAAUCGAUGCUAAUCAUAUUAUUAAACAAAAUAAAUCAAAUAAUCUUAUGGCUAAAAUACCAACUAUAUUAGUAGCGAAAGAACUAUCAGAUAUUGUUAUUUAUACACAAGCUAGCAAAUUUAAAGGAUUGACUUGUUCAUCGAUUUCAGCAAGUUCAAUUGGUAUAAAAUAUGUUCGAAAAAGUGGUAAACGUAAUAUUCAACAGCUUGUUGCUCAACCAAGUACAACAAGUACUGAAAGUUCUCGAUCGGUUGAUCAAGUAUCCCCAUGUCAUCAAGUUGUAUCAUUAAUUGAAAAUAAAGCAAAAAAAUUAUGUAAAAAUCAAGGAAUAGAUAUGAUAUCACAUACUGAAACUCAACUUGUUCGAUGUUAUCCAAGUGGAUUUCGUGUUGAUUCAUCCAAUUUUAAUCCAUUACAUUUAUGGACAUAUGGAAUUCAAUUGGCUGCAACAAAUUAUCAAACAUUAGAUGCUGGACAAAUUCUUAAUUUAUCAAUGUUUGAACAAAAUGGUAAUUGUGGUUAUGUUCUUAAGCCAAAUGUUUAUUGGGAUAAAGAACAUCCACAAUAUAAUCGUUUUAAUCCAUCUAUUAUCGAACGUGAAGGUUCUUGUUUAGAAUUAACAAUAACAAUAAUAUCUGGUCAAUAUUUGACACAAAAUACUGGUUCAACAACAAGUGUUUAUAUUGAAGUUGAACUUAUUGGUAUUCCAAUUGAUUGUUUAUCAAGAAAAACUAAACCAUCAGUUAAAAAUUCAUUAAAUCCUAUUUGGCAAGAAACAUUUAUAUUUCAGUUGUUCUUGAUCGAAUUAUCAUUUAUACGUUUUAAUGUAUACGAUACUGGAAGUAAUCAUUUAAUAUGUCAACGUGUAAUGCCUGUUAAAUGUCUUCGACCUGGUUAUCGACAUGUUCGUUUAAGAGAUCCAACAAAUAUUCCAUUAGAAUUAACAACAUUAUUUAUUUAUUCGAAAAUAAGUGAAACAAUAUUAAUUCGUAGUUCAGAAACAGAUAUAUCAACAUCAAAUACUCCACAUUUAUUUCGUAAUAGAAUAUUAAGACGAACACCUGAUACAGCUGAGAUUGUUGGUACAAGUCGUGAAUCAAUUCAACCUAAACAUAAAAGAUUUGAAGUUAAAGUUUAUGGUAAAGAUGGACGUGACGAAGAAUUUCGAUCAUUUGCUGUAACACAAUAUACAACUGUUGAAGAACUUAUCGAAAUGAUAGCUAAAACAAAUGAUUUUAUUAAAGUUGAUGAAACAAUAAAUGAUAUUAUAUUAACAGAAUCAUCAAAAACAUGGAAAAAAAAAGGUUCAUCAUCAAAACAUACUGAUAUAUCACCUCGAAUACUUGAAAAAUAUGAACGAAUUCUUGAAGUAAUCGAUCGUGUUGGUCGAGAAACAGUUAUUCUAUGUAAAAAAAAAACUCAAACAUCACAUUUAUUACAUUCAGGAUUUAAUAAUGAAAAUUGGGAAAAUAGUGAUGAAACAUUUGUUGUUACUAUCUAUAAUAUAUCAUCUAUAGAAAAACAUAUUAGUUUUCGAAUACCAAUUAAUUCAACUGCUAAUCAUCUUAUUACACAAUUAAUGAGAAAAAUCUAUCUAAAUGGUGUAUCAAAUGAUUAUGGUCUUGUUGAAGAAAUAAAUCUAAAUGAAAUAAAUAGUCGAAUACCAAUAAAACGUCGUUUAAUAAAUGAUCAAGAAAAUCUAUAUGAAAUUCAACGUUUAUGGACAUCAACUAAUUCAAAAUUUAUUUUAGUUAAAAAAUGUCAAUAUUCAAAAAUAAAUAAUAAGAAAUCUUUUUUUCGAUCAUUAAAUAAACAAAUAUCUAUUGAUCAAGAUUUACAUCAAGAUGAUCAAUUUAAAUCAGGAAUAAAUAAUAAUUUAACAUUAAAUAAAAGUUUAUACAAUAAUCGAUCUACAAUUUCAUCAACACAAUCAUUAUCUAAAUAUAAUCAAGCUAAACGUUCAUUCAAAACAUUUUUUUUAACAACCAAAUCAUAA